CAGCGCCCAGCGGCGGCGGCUCCUCCCUGCCUCUCCUCCCUCGGUUGUUCCUGCCCGGGGGUGGCGCAUUGGAGACUGGAGGCUCUCCGGGGCAGAGGCCUCCUGGCGUCGUCUGCUGUCGCGCUCUGCAUGCAGUGCAAAUAUAGCGCCCUGCCCGUGGGUGGAUGGAUGGAUGGCGGCGGUGCCCGUCAGCUGAGGCGCUGGCGACGCUGCUGCUGCUGCCGCCCUUCUAGGGGCCGGGCGGGCUCCUGUCACUCCGCCCCCCCCCCUCGCGGGCAGCCUCUCCUCCACGCCCCCCCCCGCCCCGAUUGGCCGCUGGGCGCCUGGAGCCGCUCCGCUCAGCAGCGCCGCCGACGCCGCCUCGGCCAGAAGACCCGCUGCGCCCGCUGGAGACGGCGCCGCGCCGGGCCGGGCCAAGCUCCGCAGCGAGGCGGCGAGGCGAGGCGCCCCGGGUUUACGCUGGUGCUGAUUUCUUGCGGAGAAGGACCCAAACCUGCCAAGGAUAUCUGACAAUAGUUAGCCUUUCCUUUGGCUCCGGACUCUACUGCGAGAAGUCCUUCUGCAGCGCCUGCCAUGGAGAAAUACGAAAAGAUCAGCAAGAUUGGGGAAGGCUCCUAUGGGGUUGUUUUCAAGUGCAGGAACAAGGACACUGGGCAGAUUGUUGCCAUCAAGAAGUUCUUGGAAUCGGAGGAUGAUCCUGUUAUCAAAAAAAUUGCACUUCGAGAGAUCCGGAUGCUAAAGCAACUGAAGCAUCCCAACCUGGUCAACCUCUUGGAGGUCUUCCGGAGGAAACGGAAGCUUCAUCUUGUCUUUGAGUACUGCGACCACACCGUGCUGCAUGAACUGGACAAGAACCCGCGCGGGGUCCCAGAGCAUCUGGUGAAGAGCAUUAUCUGGCAGACCCUUCAAGCUGUGAAUUUUUGCCAUAAGCACAAUUGCAUACACCGAGAUGUGAAGCCAGAGAACAUCCUGAUAACGAAGCAUUUUGUCAUUAAACUAUGUGAUUUUGGAUUUGCUCGUAUCCUAACUGGGCCCAGUGACUACUACACCGAUUAUGUGGCUACUAGAUGGUACCGUUCUCCUGAGCUCCUUGUGGGGGACACCCAGUAUGGGCCCCCCGUCGAUGUCUGGGCCAUCGGCUGCGUCUUUGCAGAGCUGCUGUCUGGCAUCCCUCUGUGGCCUGGGAAAUCUGACGUUGACCAACUUUAUCUGAUCCGGAGGACGUUGGGUGAUCUCAUUCCCAGGCACCAGCAAGUCUUCAGCACCAACCAAUUCUUCAGCGGGGUGAGAAUCCCAGACCCAGAAAGCAUGGAGCCUUUAGAAAUAAAAUUCCCAACCAUAUCCUGCUCUGCCCUAGGACUCAUGAAGGGCUGCCUCCACAUGGAUCCUGCUGAGCGACUGACCUGUGCGCAACUCCUGCAGCACUCUUACUUCGACAGCAUCCGAGAAGUGGAGCUGGGGAGGGAGCGAGAAAAAUCCAUCACCCGGAAGCCAACCCGGCCAACCCAGAAGCACAUCCCUGGGUUACAGUACCUGCCCCAGUUAACCAACAGUAACAUUUUACCUGCUUUGGAUACCAAGAAGUACUACUGCAGCACAAGAAAGCUGAAUUACCGUUUCCCCAACAUCUAACAGGGAAAUGUUUCAGCUAAGCCAGAUUUGCUGUUGUCUGCAUCUUUCCAGCCUUGAAGUGGGCUUGAAAAGAGAAACUGAACACUGUGAUGCUGUACACUGAAGUGAGCCACUGAAGAAAUGCAUGGAGUUGCUACUUAAAAACUGCAAACCUUUGAAAGAAAAUCUCUGCAGAGAAAGAAUCAUCCAGUGGCUUGGAGUUGCUUAUAGGUCAACAGGAAAUGCAUCUAUUUGAGAUUUUGGGACUGAAAAAUGGUUAUGACUGUAUAUGUGGUUGUGUUUAGGGUGGUUAAGAGAUUGUGCUUUUUACAAUGUGGGACAGCAACCAUUUGUGACUACUAUGGGAGUAGUCUGUAUGUGUGGGGAUGCAACUAUGCCAAAUCUUAUUCACAAAAGCCCAUUGUGUCAAAGCAGAGAACCUUUGUUCUUGUUUUAUAUAUUUAGUUCAACUUGCUGAUCCUACAAAUGUCUGCAUGCGCUGGGAGUGUGGAAAAACUGUGAUGGCUCCCAACCUUGAUAUGCCAAACGCCAUUGUGUCUGGGAAUGAUGGGCAUUGUGGCCCAAGCACAUCUGGGACCCAAAGUUGGGAACCCCUGGCUAAGAGAAUGCAAGGCAGGAAGUCCAAAGUUUUCACCAUGGCCACACAUUCACUAGGUGUCCUUAGACAAGCUACCGGAUUAUUAUUUAAAUUAGAACUUCUUCUUAAAAAAACAAAAAUCUAAAGAAAAAGUCUAUCUUAAAAAUAAUGUGGUUUUAAAUGAAAACUGAAUUUAAUAGGAACAUAAGAACAGCCCUGCUGGAUCAGGCCCAAGGAAGCCCAUGUACUCCAGCAUCCUGUUUCACACAGUGGCCCACCAGAUGCCCCUGGAGAGCCCACAGGCAAGAGGUAAGGGCAUGCCCUCCCUCCUGCUGUUACUCCCCUGCAACUGGUAGAGGCAUCCUGCCUUUCAGGCUGGAGGUGGCCUAUAGCCCUCCAACUAGUAGCCGUUGACAGACCUCUCCUCCAUGAAGUUAUCCAAACCCCUCUUAAAGCCAUCCAGGUGGUUGGCUGUCACCACAUCUUGUGGCAGAGAAUUCCACACGUUGAUUAUGCGUUGUGUGAAAAAGUGCUUCUGUUUGUUGGUCCUAGAUUUCCUGGCAAUCAAUUUUAUGGGAUGACCCCUGGUGCUAGUGUUAUGGGAGAGGGAGAAGAAUUUCUCCCUAUCCACUUUCUCCACACCAUUUAUAGACCUCUAUCAUGUCUCCCUACAGUCAUCUUUGUUCUAAACUAAAUAGCCCCAGGUGUUUAAUCAAUUUAAAAUUACAUCUCCUCUUCUUAAAAAAACAAAUCUAAAGAGAAAGUCUCUCUUUAAAAUAAUGUGGUUUUAAUUGAAAACUGAAUUUAAUAGAAACAUGUUGGUUAUGAUUCAGCAGAGUUUUGUGUCACCAUGAAGAUUAACAAAUUCAUUGAGGCAUAAGCUGUUGUGGACUGGAGAAAAUGUUGUAAACAGUAGGAACGCUUCAUGCAUAAAAAGGAGCAGGCCACAGGCCACAAAAGCUGAUCCUUCACUAAGCAUGUGAGUCUUCUGCAGGAAGAAGAACCAAGCGACUUGUGGCACUCUGAAAACUAACAGGCCUACCCCAAAUUGUUACUCAUUGUUCAGAUUUAAGAGAUUGACUUUCAAACAUAUUAAGUUACAGGCUGUUCUUUUGAGUAAACAAGGAACCAUAUGGUGGGGGGGGGGGUUUACUUCUGAGGUUUAACAUUAUAAAACUAAGUCCUGUUUUGUUUCUUGUGGACUUCAUUCCGGAUUGAGGGUCUAGCAAGUCAUGACAGGUGCUGCUAGGAUCCACGGGAUGCCAUUCUGUGUCUCACCAGGAUCAUUUACAGAGCCUGUACAGUUGAUCUUGUAUUCCUGUUUUAUGCCCUUCAAUUACCCGAGCUCUGGAACGCAUUCAGUCUCAAAUUAUGAAUAUUUAUGACUCCUACUAACCGGAUAGCAUGGCUAUUUAUUUUCCAUCUCAUGGAGGAGCCGUUUUGUCAGGUAACUUACCUGCCCUUGCUGCUUGCAGCCUCAUUCCAUGCCUGUUUACUCAGAAGUAAGCCCCCUUCCACAGAAGCACACACACAGUUACAGCCUCAACAUAUAUGACCAUGCUUAGUAUCUUUGUAUGCAUAUGGAGACAGUCACAUGGAAAUCUAUUUCUGAGCAGAUUACAAUUCUGCAGUCCAUGUGGUUUACAUAACCAAAGAUUUCUUACACCUCUUAUGUUGAAUGUAAGUUCUGUUGGUUGCAGUUGCAAACCAAUGGGUUCCAACUGUUACAGCAAGCAGGAAGUAGGCAUGCUUCUUCAAGACAUCUCUGAAUUCUAAAAUGGGAAACUUGAUUUCCAAUGCUCUCUUCUUUCUUAAUGAUCUAGAAUUUGAUAUAAAUUCAUGGAAGCCACCCAAAUGGGUAAGCUGCCCCCCCAUGUGCUUUGGGUGCAGUCCCAUCAGCAAUAUGGGGCUACUGACACAGGCGUACCUUUCAGGCCUGUCCAGGUAAUGUCUUCGAAGUGCUUUGAACAACUUUAGUGUGUGCAUAUAAACUCUAGAGAAGCAAUAUUUGGAAUUCCAUGUCCUUUCAACAAGAUGAUUUGCAUUUGUGUUGUGCUUGGACGAUCAGCCCUCUUCAAAAUUACUUGAGAUAAUUCAUACAAGUUGUAGCCAAGUUUUGCCAAGUUGAUGGGAAAGGAUUGCCAGUUUUUGCUUGGUGUAAACUGCUGUCUGUAAUACUUGUGUAUAGAUUAGUGCAAGGGUUCCUUUGGGUCUCUAGAUGUUGUUGGACUUCACCUCCCAUAACGGGAACUGAAGUCCAACAUUUUGAGAUCGUUGAGAGCCCUUGAAUUAUGUAGCUCAUCCUUUUAACUGAUCCUGCUGUCUAAAUGUUAGCUUAUAUUUGGUCAUAAAGAUCAUGAACUUAAGGCAAGAGUUUAACCUUUUUGCACCAACAGACCUCCAGAUCCUCAAGUAUUAUUCAUGGACCUUCAUUCCCUUGUCUGUCUAUCUAAUCGCUCCAGUAGAAAUUAGAGGGAAGAAACCAAGUACUCAGGAUAGUUAUUUUCAAGAACUUUAUUCUGGCACACCAAGAAGCAAAUUAAACCUAGUAUAGCAAAGAUUUCCCAUGGACCCCAGGUUAAGAACCUGUGUUUUAAGGGAUCUGCUUAAAUUCUCUGCUGGCAGGAUUGCUGGGGCCUGUUCAGACAAUUCUCUUCAUAGACUGAAUGAAUACAGUGCGUGUGGCAGGGGAGAGAAGAAGAUGGUGCUUGCCAGCACCGCCUACUGUACAUCCAUUACACUGCUUUGAAGGACCAGCAAGUGGCCUGCCAGUGGAGGUCAGUAGGCGUGAUCCCGCUCCCCUCCCCCUGCUCAACAGCAUGAGGGGAUUAUCUGAAACUGCUGAGAAGCAGUCAUGCAUUCAUACUAUCCAUUAGGGUGCAAUUCAAAAUAUAACUGGUGUAGCCAGUUAGAUAAUAAUGUUCACAUAUGACAACACUGUGUAUGGGUAACGCCCAACUUGCAUUUUUGUAAUGGACUAAAUACUUCAUGUCACUUGCAUCCUGAGCACUGUCCCAGUUGUAACUCCUUACAAAUACUGUUCUUGUAGAAUUAAAAUAGAGAACACAAUUUUCUGGUGUGUGUCCCCCCCACUCCAGCUGCUGUAAUCUGAAUUAGAAAAUUUUCCAAAUGUGAUCAUAUUUGAUUUUAAAUGUGAUAUGCUUCAUGUGAAUGUGAAAACUAGCAGGAGAAAAGGCGGGCAGGCAUUCUUUCGAAUUUGCCACUCUGUACUCAAGUGUGCAAGUGUGAGAUCCAUUUGAAGAAACUGGAACCCCCUUGCCCCCCCAGCACGCGAACUCCUAUGUAAUGUCACCUCCAUCUUCCAUGAAUCCAUGAAUCCUUUGGCCCUUAAGCUUAAUAUGUGCGCCUGCAUUUGUUCCCAUUUAUCCUGCUAACCGAUACCUCCCUCGUGUUAGAUUGUUACACUCCUCUGGGCAGGAAUGUGUGUCUGUCUUGCUAAAAAGUGAUCCAGCAGGCCUGAAAUGUCCUCUGAUAGGAUGCAGAAAGCCAACCUUCAUUAAUGUUUUAAGAUGGUAUAAGAAGUCUCCUUUGGAAGCUAGUUCAUGAUAUUUCUCUCAGACAAAAUCUAAUUAUGCCUUCUCCUGCUAGAAUGUUUUGUAACACAGUCAAGGUCUCCAGCCACAAGAGAGCUCUUUCAGAAAGUGGCUUCACUUCCUAAGGAAUUCCUGCCUCUCACUGAGAGCACCAUUAUCUCAUAUGGGAUGGCCCUUAACUUGAGGGCAUGCACAGAUCUGUAGCACCUCCGGUUAAAUGGCUCUGAAGUAGAAGCGCCCGGAAAGGCCUCUAGCCUGAGACGCCACAGAACUGCUGCCGUCACCAUGCAUAUUCAGGGCAGUAUCUAGACUGAAAGCCAUGAAACAAGUUAGUCAUGACUAACUUAAGCCCCUUUAAUUUCAAUGGGUCAUGACGACCAACCAUAAAGCAGUUCUUCAUAUUCAUACACAUAAAUACAAUAAAGCCAAAUAACGUGGUGAUGCCUUUAUGCCAAGUCUAAUUCCAGCUCCAGGGAGGGCAUUGAUUUCUUAAGGAUCUGUGCAGUGGAUUCCUUCUCUUGAAUCCCAGGUAGGUCGCUCAGGAACAAAUAUUCCAGAUUACUGCAGAAGAAAAGAAGACUAAACUGAGCAAAACAGUUGCAGACUUAUUUAAGGCAAAAGGCGGUCCGUUUAAAAAGGCACAUGUAAAUAUAUAGGAGGAUAGCCCAGUGGCUUUCCCUACUGGAAAAAUCUAUGAGAAACAUACUUUUCAUAACAGGUGCAUUAAGCCUGGGUGUACAUUGUCACACAUGGUUUCAAACUUGCAUAUUUAAAGGCUCACACAUUUAACCAAAUUCACAGCCAGGCUACAACCUCAAUCAUUUUAAAAUGUGUCUCCCCUUCUGUAGCAAUGCCCUGUGUUACCUUCCCUUUAUUCGCUGAGGCUGGUAAACCAUAGAAAUGAGGUUGCCUUUACUCACAGUAGACGAGGUUACUCUACGAGGAGAAUGAGAGCACCCACGCUGGCCUCUCAUGCUGGCCACGAGGGGCAUUUCUCUGUCACAACAUGAUUUUAGGCCAGUUCCAUUCUUUAUACCAGGGGUGCACAACUCAAGUGUCCCAGUGGGACAGAAACAACAAUGACGAUGUAUGGGGGUGGGGGGCACUGAUUAUUGCAGUAACACUAAUUAGAAAGAUAAAUAUUAAAGCAAUUACUAGUUAGUUGUGUCCUUCCCUUCCCCCAUGGGCCCACAAUUUUAACCAGGGAUAGAAAAUAAGCUCUGUCCUUGCUCAUUUAGUGAGCACCUGACUGUUCCAGCCCCACACAAAUGCCAAAUUUUGGGGCUCCUGCUGUUGCUGGCCACCUGGGCCAUCAAAAAUGUCCCCGUGGGCCUCAUGUUGUGCAGGGCUGCUUUAUACGGAUGUUCCUUGACAACACACAGUCUUCUCUGGAGGCCCUGACCCAACUGAAGUUGCCAGCUGCCUGUGUUCCCUCUAACAGAGAUUCCCAGAUAUUGUUGACUACAACUCCCACAAUCCCCAGGCAAAAGCCAUUGCAGCUGGCAAUUCUGGGAGCUGUCAACAUCUGGGAAUCUCGGUUAGAGCAAACACUGCCAGCUGCAUGUACAGAUCUGUAUUUUUGUGUGGCCUGACUGUGGGAAACGCCAUGUAUAAGCAAAUGCAUUUUCUAUGUGAAAAGUAGAGUUUUCCUUAGGAACUCACAUACCUGAGCUUAUGCAAUGCAAUGAUGCCUUUGUCUGUGAUGUUCCCACAAGAAAUUAUCCACAAGCGCAGCAGACUUUGCUGCAGGUUUUGAGUCUCACUGAGCCGUUGCAAGCACUCGUCCUGGAGAUACAUGCACUUGGAAAACUUGAUUUCCUCCACGUGUUGUAGGCCAUCUUAAGCAAGAGCAUAACAUCUGUUUCAGAAGGAACACACUGCAGUCUGGCUGUAUUCAACUGUCAGCCAUAUAUGGUUUCUACAGAAUGCUCUCUACAAGCAGAACAAUAUUUGGGGGGAGGCAAAUGCAUAUGUGGGGCAGGGCCUUCUCUAGAGCAGCCCCCAGGCUUUGGAACCCUCUCUCCUAGGAGGUCCUUGCUUCUUCCUCUCACCCAACAUUCAGGCAGCUACAAUGCACACAACUUGGCUCUUACACCAUGCCUUUGGGACUGGUUGAGUUGGACUCUGUGGAUGUGGUUUUAUACAGCUUUUAUUCUGUUUUUAUUAUACUGACAGUCAGUUGAGGGCUGUGGCAAAAGAUGGCUGAUAUAUUUAAAAACAAAUGAUUUAUUCAUUCAAGCCUCUUUAUGUAACAAGAAGUAAUAAAAAGAGACGCACUGCACUGGCUGUCGAUAAGUUUCCGGGCAAAGUACAAGGUGCUGGUUAUAACCUAUAAAGCCCUAAACAGCUUAGGCCCUGGGUAUUGAAGAGAAUGUCAUCUUCACUAGGAGCCCCAUCGCCCAUUGAGAUAAUCUAGAGAGGUCCGUCUGCAGCUGCCACGGGUUCAUCUGGUGGAUACACAGGGACAGGCCUUCUCUGUUGCUGCCCAAGACUCUGGAACGUGCUCUCUGCUGAACCAAGAGCCUCCCCAGCUCUGAAAGCUUUAAAAAAGUAUUUAAAGAUGCAUUUAUUCACCCAAGCUUUAUUAGAAUUGUGGUUUUUAACUUGGCAAAGAGGCACCUUUUAACAUGGUGAUUCUCUUUAUUUAGCGGGGGAGAGUAACUGGCCCUCUCCACCCCCAGGACAGGACCUCCAAUGACUGUUGCUGGUGUGUGUCUUAAGUUUCUUUUUAGAUUGUGAACCCUUUGGGGACAGAGAUCCAUCUUACUUAUGUAUUAUUUCUUUGUGUAAACCGCCCUGAGCCAUUUUUGGAAGGGCGGUACAGAAAUCGAAAAAAUAAAUAAAUAAUAUAUAAACUGUU